GUGUACGGACAGUUAAAGCACAGAGGAUUGUGUUUCUCCUAUGCAGCAUAGACACAAGGCUGUGUGCUGAGGAAAAGGUUCACAUCCCUCUCAAGACUGAUCUUCACACUUAAAAAUGUUUUGAUAAUAGGUUUAUCAGAUCACAGAUCCAUCACUGUUCCAACCCACAGCCCCCUCCUCCUCUUUUCCCUUCAAGUGUUAUUCAAGAAACCAGAUUUGUCAGGAAAACUGGUGGAUGGGGGAGGGUGUGGGAAAUGCCACUUCCUGACUAAGCAAAGAGCUGAAUCCAGACCAGAGUUUCAGUCCCUCUCUCUCUCUUCUCUCUCUUCUCUCUCUCUCUCUCCUUUCACUAAUUUAUCCCGAUGUUAGCACAUUCUGUCUUGUUACAACCGGACGCCUGUAGGUUUGUUCAUUGGGAUCAUUACUUAACUGAUCAGGAUGGCUGUAAAAUCUCUGUUUAAAGGAGAGACGUGACUGAAGUAGUUGGAAGGAGACACACACACAAAAAAAAACUUUUUGCUUUUUUUUUUUUUUUUUGCUUUUACAUUUUUUUUUCCUUGCCUGGCUUACAUUGUAUUUUGGAAAGGAUGAACCAUUUCCCCCCCUGUGUUCUUGUCUUCUGUGUGAAACAUAAUCUCCAGCUGUAAAACUGAAAGAAGGGAAGACUCACGAGAAAGGAAAGAGCAUUCAGAUGUUUUAGUAACAGGGGAUAUUGUGAAUGGCACGUUUACCCUUUAUCUUAGAUACACAUGACUUGCUUUCUGCUUGAUCACUUGUGGUGUAAAAUGAGGCACGGAGCUUUUAUUGAAACUAGGUGGUUACAGGACCUUGAGUUGGUGGCCUUAAUAGCUAAAAAGACAAAACUGGAGUAAGAAAGGAGGUGUAAUUGAACUAAAGAAAGAUUACUGAACAUUUAGACAAGACAAAGACAAUCAUCAUUUAUAUUUGGAGUACUUUGAUCAAAUGAUUUGGAUCUCUUUGAUUUAAUUUUUUUUUUUUUUUUUUUUUUGAGAAAACCUGUGUUUUACAUUUGAGAUAAACGAAUGUCCCCAUUUUCUCAAAACCAUUUUCUUUGGAAUUUAAUGCCACACGUCUCAUCUUCAGGAUGUCAAUAAGCAUUUCUGCUACAGGCAAAGGUGUAGAUCCUAAUGCAGUUGAUGCCUACGACAGUGGUGAUGACUGGGAAAUCGGUGUGGGAAAUUUGAUUAUAGAUUUGGAUGCGGAUUUGGAGAAGGACAGACAGAAAUUUGAGAUGAGUAAUUCAACAAGUAGCAGCUGCACUUCCAAGGACAGUGGCCAUGGCUUGGCAUCCAGUGGAGCAGUUAACUCUACCUCCUCUACUUUAGCUGACAGCCUCAAAUUUGCUUCUAUUCAACAGCAAUCAUCCGGCCCUCAAGGGAACAGCCACAAAGACACUAGCAAAUCAAAAGUGAAAAGGAGUAAAACUUCCAAGGAUGUUAAUAAGUCGUUGGCUUCUGCAUCUUUAUAUGGAAUUCCUGAGAUUGGUAGUGGGGCUGCCAAACAAAAGCUAGAGGCUGGACGCCUUGGGGAAGUGGCAUCUACAGUUGGCAUGAGUGGCCACAAUACUGGUGGAGCUGGCCUUAAUGGAAACACUACUACAUGUAAUAAAACUUUGAAAGAUGAAAAAACAGGAGGAGGAAAAAGUCAGAGCACCAGGGGCUCAAAAAGGGAUAAGGAUUCUGGAAAAUCAAGAAAGGACAACAGUAAUAAAUUGUAUGACCUUGGGCAUGCAAACACUGGAGUGAAUAGCCAAGCUGUUGUGCAUUUGUAUGGAUUUGGAAGUGGAAAGGCCUCUGGGAAUGGCAGCCCUUUUCAUUGUGGCAAUAGUUUGGCUGGAGAAAUGGCAAAGAGUGCAGUUGAUUCAGGGAUUAUGGGGAACUCAGCACUAGUUAAAAAAGAAGACGAUGAUGAAGACGAAGAAGAAUGCCAUAGGCGAAAUAAGAAAUUAAAAACUGAAAAAGUCGAUCCCCUGUUUACAGUGCCUGCCCCACCACCUCCAGUUCACAGCAGCAUUUCCCCUCAGAUUCUGCCUUCCUACUUUUCUCCAUCCUCAACUACAAUUGCAGCUCCAGUGGAACAGCUCUUGGUGCGAACUCGUUCAGUGGGUAUAAAUACCUGUGAUGUUGGGGUUGUAACAGAACCUGAAUGCCUUGGACCUUGUGAACCUGGAACCAGCGUUAAUUUAGAAGGAAUUGUCUGGCACGAAACAGAAGAAGGUGUCCUAGUUGUGAAUGUUACAUGGCGAAAUAAGACAUAUGUGGGGACUUUGCUGGACUGUACAAAGCAUGACUGGGCUCCUCCAAGAUUUUGUGAUUCGCCAACAAGUGACCUUGAAAUGCGUGGAGGUCGUGGCCGAGGGAAGCGAGCAAGAACAGCAGCAGCUACCACAGCAUCAGCACCAGGCAUUGAUGCAAAUUUUAUGGAAGUAAGAGGACUUCAAACUAAAAACCGAGGUGGAGCAAAUGGUAAAGGGAGACGAGGCUACAUUAAUGCAAGUGGUCGGAGAACACCCCCAAACUGUGCCAUUGAGGAUGUUAAGGCAAGCCCUUCUCCUGCAGGCAAAAGGAAAAACAAGCCUCAAAUAGAGCUGGAUCUGAAUUCGAGCUCUGAGGAUUGCAAGCCUGGAAAGAGAGUCCGAACAAAUUCCCGAAGCACUCCAACUACCCCGCAAGGGAAAAAUGAUACUGCUUUUUUGGACCAAGGCUGCUCUUCUCCAGUUUUAAUAGACUGCCCACAUCCAAACUGCAACAAAAAAUACAAGCACAUCAAUGGACUACGUUAUCAUCAGGCACAUGCACAUUUAGACCCUGAAAAUAAACUGGAGUUCGAACAGGACAGUGAGGACAAAGUUUCGGACUGUGAAGAAGCACUAAGCAAUGUGGCACUUGAAUGCAAUGAGUCAAGCACAAGUUUGGAUCAGUUAAAAGCACCCAUGUCACCUGGUUCACAAAGUACACCUGGGACACCAAAGGGCAAAAGAGAUGCGGCAAACAAUGGUUCUAAUCAAAAUAACAGUUUAAAAUCUGGAAAAAAUUCUGGCAAAAAGAAAGGUCUAACUGUUGAACUAAAUAACCUUCCUGUGAUUUCAAAUAUGGCAAGUACACUGGAAAAUUGUUCUAUAUUAGAUGGCAGCUUAACAGUAGAAAUGCCAAAGCUAGAAGCAGAAGGACUUAUUGACAAGAAAAAUAUAAAUGAAAAAGAAAAGGUAAAAAAAGGCACUAAUUGUAAAGUUGACAAAAACAUCUCAAAGCUCAAAACAGCUAGGCCUAUUGCUCCAGCUCCAGCCCCUACCCCUCCUCAAUUAAUAGCAAUCCCCGGCACAGCAUUUACAAACACUACUACAGGGACAAUACCAGGAUUACCCUCAUUAGCAACAACUGUUGUCCAGGCAACACCAAAGAGCCCUCCAUUAAAACCUAUCCAACCAAAGCCCACAAUUAUGGGAGAGCCAAGCACUGUAAACCCUUCACUCACAUCACUCAAAGACAAAAAGAAAAAGGAAAAAAGGAAACAGAAAGAGAAAGAGAAAGAAAGUAAAGAAGCAGUCAGCCCAAAAGCAGACUCAAAAGUGGCUAAAGUGGAAGAUGUGAAAGCAUCAGGAAAGGAUUUGUCUGGGCAAUUUAUAAAAGACCAUGUGAAUAAAAAUGAAUCUCUUGUUAAUGGAAUAUCAGAUGCUCAAGGAAGUCGGAUGGCUAGUAUAAAAGCAGAGGCAGAUAAGGUUUAUACAUUUACAGACAAUGCACCAAGCCCCUCCAUUGGAAGUGCCUCAAGGAUAGAAUGCAGCACUGUGAUAAAUGGACAAUCUUCUAUUCCACCACUUAGUGUAUUGACACAAAAUGGUGGAGAUAGUUCUGCUACCAAAACAAACAGCCCUGCAUAUUCUGAUAUUUCAGAUGCUGCUGAUGAUGGGGGAUCAGACAGCAGGUCUGAGGGGCAAAGGUCAAAGACAAGUUCCCCUUCAGAAAUUAUUUGUAAUAAAGACACUGUAGUCAAAGGGCAUUCUACAUCCAUGCCGCAAUCAUCCCAAGCAAAAGAACCACAUUCUCCUUAUUACCAUGGUUACGAUCCUUACUAUUCUCCAAGUUAUGUGCAUUCUGGGCAGGUUAAUAAUAAUCUAUCUGUCAAUACCAGCCCUUCACAAGGGUUAAAAAUCAAGAAAGAUACAGAAGAUGAAUUAGAAAAGAAAGAUAAAACAGACAUUUUAGAUUGUAAGAAAAAUGAAGUUAUUUCUAAUAAUAUUCCUUCUCAACAUCAGUCAGUCAUUACACAAAGGCACCCUGCACUGGCCCAAUCACUUUAUUAUGGACAAUAUGCAUAUGGGCUUUAUAUGGAUCAAAAGUCUUUAAUUGCAUCAAACCCUGCCUAUCGACAACAAUAUGAGAAAUACUAUGAGGAUCAAAGAAUGGCAGAACAAAAAAAUGCCCAAAAUAAUAGAGAAUGUGAAAGGAAACCUGAUAAUGUUCCCAAGGAAUGUGCAAAAGAUGACAACAAGUUGAAAACAGUGCCAUCAGCUACUAUCUCAAAACCACCUUCUACUCCAGAACCAAGCAAAAGUAGUUCCAAAAUGGGUAAUGUAAACAGAACGGAAGAUCCAAUGAAAUCCCAGGUUUUGCCUAAUCACCAGCAACUUCAGUGCGACAGUUUCAAGGCAAAACAAAUGGAAAACCACCAGCUAAUAAAAGAAGCUGUAGAGAUGAAAUCUGUAAUGGACUCAAUGAAGCAAACAGGGGUAGAUCCCACAAUGAGAUUUAAGCAGGACUCUGAUUCACGAUCUUGGCACCACUAUGUGUAUCAAUCAAAGUUCUUGGAACAACAUAAAGCAGAUGAACUGGAAAGAGAGAAAAAACUAAAAGAAGAAAAUGUCUGCAGAACCCCAAACAAAGACAGCACAAUGGCAACUACAAUACAAAACAUCAAAGAGGAGAAGGAGGCAAAACGUCCAGAUUCUCAGUCAGUUGAUGAAAAAAAUAAGAGUGAUGAUCGGAAAACACCAGUAAACUGGAAAGACUCGAGGAAUGCACGGGUUGCAGUCUCAUCACCAAUGAGCCAGCAUCAAUCCUAUAUUCAGUAUUUACAUGCCUACCCAUAUACUCAGAUGUAUGAUCCAAACCACCCAGCAUAUCGGGCAGUGUCUCCUGUUUUAAUGCAUGGAUAUCCAGGAGCUUAUUUGUCUCCAGGCUUUCCUCAUUAUUCUGUUUAUGGGAAGGUGUCUGGGAGAGAUGAAGCUGAGAAGUCGAGCACCAGUCCCAGCAUUAAUUCAAAAUCUGCAUCUGAAUCAAAAGCACUAGAUCUCCUUCAGCAACAUGCAAAUCAGUACCGCACCAAGUCCCCUGCUCUGGCAGAAAAAGCAUCAUCUGACCGGGAAAGGGAAAGCGAAAGGGAAAGAGAUCGUCACUCCCCAUUUGGUCAGAGGCACCUUCAUACACACCACCACACACAUGUCGGAGUGGGCUAUCCACUAAUACCUGGACAGUACGAUCCAUUUCAAGGGUUGACCUCUGCUACCCUUGUUGCAACUCAGCAGGUGGCUGCUCAGGCAUCUGCAACCGGUAUGUUUCCUACUCAAAGAAGGGAAUGAAUAUAUUGAAAAUGUACAUUAAUUCAUGUGACUGGAUCACAUGGGAGAGCUUCUUAUUGCAGACAUCAGUUCCAUGGUGUUUAUCUGAAAUGCCUAAAUGGCAGGCGAAAAUUCUGUUUCUUUCUUUCUUCCUUUUUUUUUUCUUUUUUGUAAAUUGCAGAUUUUAUAACAGAGUAACAUGUUCCUGUAAUUAGACGUCUGUGUGCAAGUACAGCAUAUAUAUGAAUAUAUAUGUACACGACAGUAUGGUUGUCUAUUUACAUGCACACAAAUAUAUAAAUAUAUAUAAAUAAAUAUAUAUUCUUUAAUUUUUUUUUUUGUAUUGGUAACCAGGCUCGCACACAUGUAGAGUCUGCUGCUAAAUUGCAAGCCACACAGUAACUACAAAGUGUAAUUGUCAUGUUGGGAAGUGUUUACUUACAAAUAGCUUAUUAUUAUUCCCCCCCUUCCCCUUUAAAAUGUAAAUAUUGUUAAGUAUCCAUGUGCCUGAAAUUUGAAAAUCCUAACCAUAUUGGCCCUAGGCUCUGUUAGAGACAGACUGUAAUGAGGACAGUUUGGUACAAUGUAGAUAGCAAUAUGGUGCCUCCAGUAAAGAUGCUUCAGUGUAAAAUGUUACUGUAAUAAUUUGUUUUAUUGUAAUUGUGUAUUGUGAAAAUAAACAUAUGGGGGGGGGGCAGGGGGUCGCCAGUACCACAAAAAACUGCAUUGUACAUAGUGUAAAAAGUUAAAAUAAGUAAAUAAUGAGCAUAUGUGAAUAUUAAAAAAUGUCUCUUUUAAUCUUGAAUGACAAAUAAUCCGACAUCCUGCAUACCAGAUGACAUCUGUGAUUGUUCUAUUACUUGAAUAGUACUGCAGUCUUUUUAAUGUUUACAAUUAUCCAGUUUUAGAGAAGAGACUUUAAUGCCAUUGCCUGGUUACUUGUUUUAUGCUGUAAUCUAGUUUAUUUUAUGUAAGAUGUAUAUUGAAUGCUUUCUUUUUAUACCUGCCUUAAAUAAUUUGGCAAUCAGAAUAAAAGAAGUUGUUUUUGUACAA